GCACGUUAACACCUACUGCACUCUUGUCUACUGCGAAUGCAGUAUACAGAAAAAAAGGAGGGCAGGCUAUCUCUUAUCAAAAGAUUCUCAUUGCAUUACGAAACAAGCACGGUGAGUGAACUGCGGUUGCCUAGCUCGCUACGCAAGGUCCGCGGUGGACACCCCAGGUUUUGGGCGUCAGAGAACGGCGCAUGGCUCUGGCAGCGGAGCUGGGUUGCUAAUAUACGAACUGUAGUCUGCUUCUAAGCCUGGACGGCAGCACAUCCGCACACAGGUUUUAAAGUCCUAUGCGCCUGCGGCGGAAGUCGACAUCUAAGGCUAUGGAGGGGCAUCAUCAUAUGCCACGAUACUUCCGAGAUGAAACGAAGGAGCCGCGAUCAAGAGACGCGAACAAACAGCUUGUUGCGUCGCUGACACGGCUGGUGAACAACUAUCCUCCCCAAUCACUGCAGCCUGGUGGCGGGCUUUACUAUGGUCCAGUGAGCAUAUCAUACCUGUUCUUCGUACUGUCGAGAAUCUACGAGGAUCUCGAAAUCGAAGGAGCAAAGCUUGGCAUUUGGGCCGCAGCCUAUUUGAAACAGGCUCAGAACCAUAUGAAGAUAUACCCAGGUCCUACGAUCGAACGGUGCGGCGUGAGCGACGACAUCAUGGCCAUGGUCGCGAUGGACGCGGCGUCGACGCGAGACCCUGACCUCGUCAAGGACCUGUGUAACUUUGCCAGAGUAACGAGCGAUCCCGAUGCGGGCAAUGAAUGGCUGUACGGACGAGCCGGGUAUCUGUAUCUCUUACGCUUAGUGAAAGUGUGUUUCGCAGAUGACGUGGGGAUCAAGGAGCUGAUAGACGACACGGAAGACGAGGUCAUCGAGGCCAUAAUGAACAGUCCGCGGCCGUGGAAGUGGCAUGGCAAAGCAUAUGUGGGCGCUGUUCAUGGCGCUAUAGGCAUCAUCACGCAAAUCGUGUUGAGUGAUGCAUCGUGGGCACCAGAACUCGAAGCAGAGCUUGGCGCCCUGCUCAGCUACCAGUACGACAGUGGAAACUGGCCGUCUUCGAUCCCGCCUGGCAAGGACCGGCUUGUUCAAGUCUGUCACGGCGCGCCGGGAUUCGUGAUAUCCUUGCUGUCCAUUAAAAAGUUUUUCCCCAAACUGGAGCAGAAGAUCGACAAGGCCGUUGCGAAAGCUCGCGAGUGCAUCAAGGAGCGCGGGCUCCUGACGAAAGAGCCGUGCCUAUGCCACGGCAUCUCUGGCAACGCGCUCGCGCUGGAGGACAAGGACUUUGAACAUUUCUUGUCGUUCACUACAGGGCACGAAAUGAAAGGACUGGAUAAGGAUGGGUUGCUUGAGAAGUCGGACGACCCAGCGUCUUUGUGGACGGGUGAGGCCGGGAGAGCAUGGGCUUGGGCCGUCGCGGACCGUGGAUUGGAGAAACGUUUACUUGGCUACAACGAUGUUUGAGGACUCGAUCUCCAGAUAUAGAUUGACAGACGGGUGCGUACGUUCGGAAUAAAUUACUGCGCCAUGUCGUUCGUUUCUAGCGGGCUGACGGUGAAUUUUGACAGACGCCAGACGGACGCAGUCGGCAGAGGCGUCCGUCCGACGACGACGGCGCACACGUGCAGCAAGUUGUUUUGGGUCGUGUGCCUGGGACUGUUUGAUGUUGGCGGAGCUUGGUACGCGCAACGCCCACGCCAGGGUUUGUAUGUUUGCGGCAGAGGCGAGCCAGACGUAUGGGUGCAACAAAGUGUAGACGCAUAAAGAUGCAAAGCAAACAACACCAUUCUGGUCGUUCCUGUGAUUCGUUGCACAGACCGUCUUUCCAUUUUUGCUACGCAAAUCGGC